AUGGCUAUCAAAGUGUACGGUUCUAUGCUGUCGACAUGCACGCAGCGUGUUGUCAGCGUCCUCAUCGAGCUUGGCCUCGACUAUGAGCUGAGCGAGGUGAACAUGCAAAAGGGAGAACAGAAGGCUCCCGACUACAUCAAAGACUUCCACCCAUUCGGGCGUAUCCCCGUUUUAGAUGACGGAGAAAUUCGCCUCUUCGAGUCCAGGGCCAUCUGCCAGUACCUUGUCGCCAAGUACGGCAAGCAGCAUGGCCUUGACGCGGCGCGACACGGCUCGGCUGCAGAGAUCGGGACCUACGAGCAGGCCGCCAGUGUCGAAUUCUCCUACUUUGACCCAUCCAUCUCGGGAUUGGCGUAUGAGAAUAUCUUCAAGAAGUUUAUGCGCCGGGGCGAUGCCGACGCUGAUGCUGUGGCUGCCCACCGCGCUACGUUGUCGGACACGCUGGACCACUAUGAAAGGGUCCUUGCCACCCGGCAGUAUCUUGCUAGUAAUGAUUUCUCUCUCAUCGACCUUUAUCACCUCCCGUGGAUCCCGUUCCUCUCCAAGCUGGGAUUGGAGGGCGAAAUCUCCUCGAGACCUAACUUGGAAGCGUGGUGGAAGCGGGCCUCGAGUCGUCCAUCGUGGCAGCAGUUGAACAAAUAA